AUGAGCCAAUACUAAUUCUUUUAAAAUUUUAGAUAAAUAGAAAAGUAAUAUCACUAAAGAUUUAGAAAAAGUUAUAGGAAAUAAAUAUAUAUCUUAAAUAUAGCGUUUAUAUACUAUUCCACCAAUCAAUCUAGCAGUAAAACUUCCUAUUAGAAUUACCCAAUAAGGAUCAAAAUAGUAUAACAAACCAAAAAAGAACAAGCCUACACCUUAUAAGAAUAUGCCAAUAACCAUUAUUUUCUAUCUAUUAUCCUAUGGUUUAGCAUAUUUUUAUCAUUGGUUAUUACUUUUCCUAAAAUCAAGGGAAGAAUAAAUUGUCCCAAAGGAUUAGCUGCAAAUACAAUACCUAUGAUAUUUUCAGAAAGUUCUUAGAUUUACACCAGAAAACUUAAAUUUAAUCACUAUAAUCUAUUUACUGUAACAAAUUAUGGGUAAAAUGGUACAAUGAUUGACAUAGCAAGAUUACGAACUAAAUCGCAUGUGAAUAGAAAAUGCCCAAUAAAAUUAAAUAAAAACAUAUGGCUUGACAAAGAAUCAAGCAAUAAUUUCAUCAAAGUUCAAAUCAAUAAAGACAUUAAAGAAUAUAUAGCUUGUAAAUUAAUAUAUCUAAUCAUGAAAGUGGCUUUGAUUAAUAAUGUAACCUUUAAUAUUAAUAAUAUUCAUAAAAAUAUUAUGGCACUUUUCAUAAGUCAUUGA